AUGAGGAAUAAACUCAAUAACUUAAUCAGUGUUAGAACUUUGAACAGUUUUAAGUUCUCUAAGAGCAGGGAUCUGACCAAAUCCUGGGAUUUUGUUCGUAAUUACGACUGUGUUUAUUUAAACCUACAUAAACUUGACUAUAAUUUGUUGUUAACUGAUAAUAAAUUGGUUAAAAAACAGUUUGGCGAGUAUUUAGCUAUCUUGGACCAAAUUAAAAAAUUUAAUAAGAAAUUGGUUCUAAUUGGACUAAGCCGAAAAGCAGAACUUUCAUCCUUUGGUGAUGUCGUUAUGAAUAACCAGCUAGAAUUAUUUAACCUCUUUUUUCUCCUUUUUCAAUUCCAGAACAACUUACUUCUAGAUAAAAGAGGAGUUGAUCUGUUGAAGAAUAAAUGCCCGAAUAUAUAUAAGCUUCUGUUUAUACACAAGACUAAUUAUUAUUAUAACCAAAUUUUACACUAUUUAAGGGAAUCCAAUGCCAAUGAAAGGAUUUUGAUAGUCGUCGACGAGUACUUGAAGGAGAAUUUCAUGGAUUUAAGGGAAAAAAUUGAAUUUAAUAAUUUCACCGAGAGUUUUAAUUUCAAUGAGAACAUGAGGAAUUGGUCUCUUUUCCUCUGCUUUUACUUGUUCUUGCCACUUUUAACAGUUUCUUCUGCAGUUUUUUACGGAUUUGUAAAAUAUAUAUACUCCAUUAACAGAGACAAAUUUAUCUCAGUCACAAUUCAGGACGAGUCGAUUAAUUCUCGAAAGAACAGAGAACUUAAGUUAAAUAAAAACAUUCAUUUCUACGACACACAACGUGAUUAA